AAUUAUUGCACAGUGUUAGAUUACGUUGCUGAAAAAAAUACUACAUGCAAUGUUUACUUAUGCUAUGUUUAAUGGCCUGUAUAAUGGCCUGGUUUUUUUUCUUUUCUUCUAAAAUUCCAUCACGCCACCAAAUGAGGCGCAGCCGCAGAAACAACAGUCGCGUUUCGAGAUAUUCACGGCUUUCUUUUAUGAAAACUAAUUCCUUUCGGGCAUUGUGUCGCUAACGUUUCCUGCAUUGUAUUGUCAAACGCAUAUUGAUGGGACUAGAAUCAGUCGUAACUUCAGGCCGGGCGUGGCCGCUCACACGAUACACGAAGCUUCUAGAAGGCUUCCACCGUCUGCGCAGUAAAGCAGCGUACCCGCUUGCAGACGAUCUACGAAUACGUCCCUGCAACCAAACGACAGGCCACAGAAAUGGACAUGUCACCGCACACACCUUUGCGACCUCAUCAUUAUGAAAUGCGCCAGAAAAUAAUGAACAGAAAUGGCAUCCACAUAAUCUAUCCGUUUGGACGCGACUUCGCCAUCCAGUUUCCAGGAAAAUUCGAUGCGUAUCAGGGCCUAACUGUUCGCGUCUUCGGCUACACUCGCGACGCGGGUCCGACAUACGAGCAUGCGAUCGGUAAUGGAGUCGCCUAUGCCUUGAUGAAAUUUGUCCAGCUUAAGCCAGCCGCAGUGCUACGAGGCCCAAGCGGCUUCCCCUACGGCACAGAAAAAAAAGAAUUUUAUGGACCUGGUACAUUCUAUACCUUCGCAAUUCGUGCGAUAAGGGAGAGUUACUUUGGCGAAUCUUUCCAGGCCAUGGUGGAUCAACAGCCGCUGAAUUAUGUAAUAUUUCCGUGGAGCGGUGUUAGCCACUGGGAGACCAUGAAGGAUGGCUACAUGGUGCACCUGUCGAAACACGUUGGAGAUGAGGUUGGCACAACAAAAUUUCCGAGAACCACUGGACUCGAUCCGUUUUUGAACCACUUUAUUAUGAUGGAAGUCGGUACAAUAGCACACUACACCGGGGAAUACAUCGGCACUGGCGACAAGAACGAUUUCCUGUUGAAAGCACUCAGAAACACAAAAGGAGUUACAUUGUUGCUGGACGUCGCUGGAAUUACAGUCAUGGCUGUGGGCGCAGUGCGAGACAUGGGAAGGCCCAAUGAGUCUGGCGUGACCAUAAGGAUAUCAAUAAGGAAGACACUCGGCAGGUACAUAUUUUCCCCCGACUACGGCUCCAAGCCGGUCGUGGCAGCCUUUCACAAUCUUGUGUCGACUGGCCACCAUUACGUACCUAGAUUCUCGAAGAACUUCAACGUAAGACAAGUUCAUAUGGAGGUAUUCUACUAAACCCGUCCUAGACGCAGUCUACUUAAUGGCAAAGUGGAUAUUAAUACCAAUAUACUAGCACAAACUGAACUGCGUAGUGGCAGAUGAAGAAUAAAGAAUAUAAUUUUCCCUGAAUAAAUAUUGUCUGCUUCCUAA